UGGUGUGCCAUUACUUCAGCCAAAUACGAGACCGUCAUUUGGAUGUUCAUUGUGGCCGUCAGCGCAUCCUUCGGCAUACUGUCGGGCGCUCACCGACUGUGGAGUCAUAAGUGCUAUAAGGCUCACACAUCCCUCAGGAUAUUGCUUAUGAUUUUGCAGACCCUGGCCCUCCAGAACGACAUCUACGAGUGGAGUCGCGACCAUAGAGUACACCACAAGUACUCGGAGACGGACGCCGACCCCCACAACUCAAAUCGUGGCUUCUUUUUUGCGCACAUGGGUUGGCUUAUGACCAAAAAGCACCCGCAGGUCAUCGAAAAGGGUCGACAACUAGACAUGUCUGAUCUCUGGGCCGAUCCGGUGGUUAGAUUUCAGCGCAAAUAUUACGUGCCAUUAGUUCUGCUUAUAUGGGGUGUACUCCCGACAGUCAUUCCUUACUAUAUGUGGUCGGAAGGGCUGUUGAUUUCGUUCGCUAGCAAUAUGUUACGGUAUGUCCUUUCCCUACACCAGUCCUGGCUCGUCAACUCUGCCGCACAUUUGUUUGGAUUUAGACCGUACGAUAAGGGCAUAGCCUCGCGUGAGAAUCAAUCGGUGGUGUACUUGAGUUUUGGUGAGGGAUAUCAUAACUAUCACCACACCUUUCCAUACGACUACUCUGCGAGCGAAUACGGCUGGAAAAGUAACUUCAACCUGGCCACAGCCUUCAUAGACUUCUUCGCGAUGUUAGGUCUGGCCUAUGAUCUCAAGAAAGCCUCGGAUAAAGCGAUUGCUGAAAGACAGGAGAGAACGGGAGAGAAAAUAAAGGGACUCCAGAAGAAUACUCUGUUAGACUAUAUGAUAGGGUCUCAAGAGAGUCAGUACAUUGAAGUGCAGAAGAAAUCUGAGGAUUCUGUGACAACUGUGAUUUUUGGCCACAAAUCGAGGAGGAAAUCUGAGAAGAAGUCCCAGUGGAUGGCCAAUGGAUUUGAUGGCCGGACCACCACUAGUGGUGAUGAAGAUUUGGUUCAAAACAGCCAAUCAUUGACUGAUGAAAACAAUGAUUUGGUGUUCAGUGGAUUCGAUGAAGACAUGAUUGGAUCCCAAAGUGAUGGCUCACCGCAUGAGAGGUCGAAGCGAGUGAGAAGACCUGUCAAACGAUUCGGAAAUGUCUUCAGUUAUUAG